AUGGGAGACAUAGAUCCAUCUUACAUACAAUCCACAGAACACCGUCCCAACUUAUCCACCUUUGUCCAAGUUGAUGAAAUUCCAAUCAUCGACCUCUCACAGAGUAAUCAACUAAACCUCAUCUCAGAGAUUGGCAAGGCGUGUGAAGAAUGGGGAUUCUUUCAAGUAAUCAACCAUGGAGUUCCCUCUGAUGUUAGCAAAAAGGUUGAGAUUGAGAGUAAGAAGUUCUUUGAGCUAAGCAUGGAGGAAAAGAAGAAAGUGAAAAGAGAUGCAGUGAAUGCAAUGGGAUAUCAUGAUGCUGAACAUACUAAGAACAUAAGAGAUUGGAAAGAAGUUUUUGAUUAUCUUGUUGAGGAUGCAACACUAGUUCCUUCUUCUCAUGAACCAAAUGACUUGGAGCUAAGGACUCUCUACAAUCAGUGGCCACUAUACCCUACUCAUUUCAGGGAAACAAUGGAGGAAUAUGCAAGGGAAUUGGAAAAGCUAUCUUACAAGUUAUUGGAGUUGGUUUCAUUGAGCUUAGGCUUACCUGGUGACAAAUUCCAUGACUGCUUCAAGAACCAACUAAGCACUGUGAAGCUCAAUUACUACCCUCCAUGCCCUUUCCCUAACUUGGCACUUGGUGUUGGUCCUCACAAAGAUUCUAGUGCAUUGACUGUGCUUGCACAAGAUGAAAUUGGAGGCUUACAAGUUAAAAGAAAAUCACUUGGUGAUUGGGUUCCUGUCAAACCUAUUCCUACUGCAUUUGUCAUCAACUUAGGUGAUGUUUUUCAGGUUUGGAGCAAUGACAAGUAUGAUUGUGCGGAACAUAGGGCAUUAGUAAAUUCCGAGAAAGAAAGAUUUUCCCAUCCAUUCUUCCUUUUUCCAGGUCACCAUGUUAUGGUGGAGCCUGCAGAAGAGCUGGUAAAUGAUCAAGAUCCUGCAAAAUAUAAAGCAUACAAUGUUGGUAAAUUCUAUGCUAAUAGAAAUCGUAGUGAUUUCGGCAAACUAGAGGUUGAGAAUAUCCAAAUUCAUCAUUUCAAGAUAUUGGAUUAA